GCAACUAGAAGAAGAACGAAGAAGAAGAGAAGAAAACUUUGCCGCUAAUCGAAAUUCGAAGUUCCGUUGUUGAAGCUUGAAAAUGUCGUGGCAAACUUACGUCGAUGAUCACCUCAUGUGUGAGAUUGAAGGCAACCAUCUCACCUCCGCCGCCAUCAUUGGACAUGACGCCAGUGUUUGGGCGCAGAGCGCCUCUUUCCCUCAGUUUAAGCCGGAGGAGAUUGCAGCGGUUAUGAAAGAUUUUGAUGAGCCUGGAUCUCUUGCCCCAACUGGUUUACACCUUGCUGGAACCAAAUACAUGGUUAUCCAGGGCGAGCCUGGAGCUGUUGUUCGUGGCAAAAAGGGCGCUGGUGGAAUCACUGUGAAGAAAACAGAGAAAGCUGUGAUUAUUGGUAUAUACGAUGAACCUGUGACUCCUGGACAAUGCAAUAUGGUGGUGGAAAGGUUGGGAGAUUACCUGAUCGAACAGGGUCUGUAGGCCUUGCUUGACCUCCCUCCCUCCCUCCUCCUCACCUCCAUUUUUGCUGCUUUCAAAAUAUUGCUUGUUCUUCUUCCAUUCUCUGCCCAUUUCAUUUGAAUCACCGCCCUAUGCGUUAUUUCUAUGUAUGAGUUCUUCCCAUUUCUUUAGUGUUUGAAUUUUUUCUUCAAAUGCUUAUUAUGAACUACUGAAUGAUAUAAAUUUGCGAUACUAUUGCUCCUUCCAUCCAUCAUUUAGUUAUGUAAAAUUCUCAAUUAUAAUGUGACCAUCUGUUUGAA